AUGAUUUCUCACAUGAGUACCGCAGGGGUAUUUGCCCUUGUCUUUUGCGACAUCUCACAGGCUAUCGAUCUAGUCGUGCCUACAUAUUCUAUGGUCAGAAAUUACACAGGCCCAAGCAUCUAUCAGAACUUUGACUUCUUCUCUGACCAUGACCCUUCCAAUAGUUUCGCCACAUACGUCGAUCUAACUGACGCAAACAGCUCUGGUUUAGCUGGAUAUCAGAGCUCCAAAGACGAGCCUGGCCCCGUUUACCUUGGUGUUGACCAUCAAACUAUCACACCAAACGGGCGACCAAGUGUACGACUCGAAGGACAGGACACAUUUAACCAUUCCCUCAUCGUGGCAGACAUCCAUCAUAUGCCAUGGGGUUGCGGCACAUGGCCAGCUUUUUGGCUUCUUGGACAGGGUACCGACUGGCCCAAGGCCGGCGAGAUAGAUAUAAUUGAGGGUAUAAAUAACCAGAGUGUCAGCAUCAUGGCUCUCCACACAAAGAAAGGGGUUUUUGUCGGCAACUUGACUAGCGCGUAUGCGGGCAACACACAGAUGGCCGGGACCUUCACCAACCUGGACUGCAACCUUGACAGUGGUGGAACGACCGGCUGCGCAGCCAAGGCAUCCUGGAAGAACUAUGGUGCUGAAUACAAUGCCCAGGGUGGUGGCGUGGUGGUCACGGAAAUCACGAGCGAUGCAAUCAGCAUCUGGUCAUUUCCUCGAGACAGAAUACCACAAGAUGUUCUAUCGGGCAGACCAAACCCGCAUCCGCUUUACAACGGCAGUCAAUGGGGUCCUCCAGAAGCAAAAUUCGUUCCAGCCUUCAACAGCUCGUUCGACGACCACUUUUUCAACCUCAAGCCGAUCUUCAACACGGCUUUCUGUGGUCCAUGGAUCGACGGAUUGUGGAACGCGAGCGAGUGUGCUUCUUUGGCCCCGACGUGCUCCGAAUAUGUGUCAAACAACCCAGCCGCUUUCUCCGAUGCGUAUUGGGCUAUUGGAGGGAUUCAGGUGUACGAACCCAUUAUGAAUACCACCUCUGGUCCUCAAGCAUUCAACUCCUCUACGUCACAGCCUAACUCGACUUAUGACAGGAAGUGCCGUGGUCAUUCAGAAGACUUCAAAUCAUACUGA